CCUCGAUCCGCUUACGACCCACCCUUACGACUUUCGCCUCCUCUUCGAUCCUUUCGCAGGGUCGUCACCACUAGAUAUCGGAGUCGUUCGCUGUUGCGCUCUAUAGUGCAUCGAGCGGCCUUCUCUGUGUCCUUCUCCAUCUGCAGAUGCCAGUCCCAGUCCCUUCCCAGCCACCGGCACACCAGGUCCAUAAGUACUCCAAAACUGAAGACGCUUCAAAGUCUCAUUCUUCCGUCUUUCACAAUCUGAAGCACACCUUACCUGUCUCUCCGACGGGCCCACCGCCGUCGUUUGGCAGUCGUGAUCAGUGGAUUAACUCCCUACCCUCUUGGAGGAGGACUAAGACCCGCCGCAUUUGGGAGGAUGACGUGCGCUCCACUUCGGAAGUGAAAAGGGAACAGGGUUUUCAUCGAGGGUUGACUAGCACGGCUGACGUGCAAGUCAUUAAAGGAAAUCAUGCGGAGGCAUGUCUUCCGCCCCUGAAUGCCUUUCAAAAAUGUGCUGUGAACCCUUCGCCAGGUGACAUCGACCAGCCAAUCCAUGUCGAGCAUAGACAGUCUGCUUAUGCACCUGUCUGGAGUACUGAGGGUUACGAUAGUCCGGGUGGUUCUUCUACUCAGGACUACGUGUGGCCUCAGGUUGAUAACGCGUUCGCACCUGUCUUGGAGGACGAUUCUGAGGAAAUGAUUAAUGGUGACUUAGGCUCUAGUCCUAUCGGUCCCAUGACUCCUUUCGCAGACUACGUGGAUCGUGUAGUCGCCACUUCCGAUGUCACCGGCCCUAUAGCACUCAGGCAAGAGAGUUUGUAUCAGUAUGGACUCCAGUCCUACAAUGUCUCCGACUAUCAGUACGGAGACCCGGUCAAGCAAGAGCCUGACGCUUCUGUUGGCGAUUCGGCGCCGUCAGCAUCCACGAAGUAUAAGAUGUUUGCGGAACCCAUGGCGGACUGGAUCGUAUCAUAUAUUUGGAAAGUUUGCAAUAAUUCGAUUGUUCUUCCAGCUGCAGUUUCUCGCUACACUCCUUCGAUGAGCGGCCAGCCAGCGCCCACAGCUCCAAUGCAUUUGUCUGCUGCAGUUCACUCUCUUCUAAUGUCAACACUUCUACAACCAUCUGCCGUGUUACUCGCGUUGUGGUACAUCGCUCGCUUACCAGUAUACUUUGGUGGGGUCCCUUUAGGGUUGGAGCAGGUAAAAGAGCGGAGAUUUAGAGCGGAACUCCUUGAUACUACUGGCGGAAUUGACGGGAAAACAUUGGAGGCCAAUGCCACGUUCAGGCUCAUCGUCCUUGGAUGUAUGCUGGCGAACAAGUGGCUUGAUGACCAUACCUUCUCCAAUAAGACAUGGCACACUAUCUGCAAACUUCCUGUCCAUUCGCUAAACAAGCUCGAGUCCCUUGCCCUGGACAUUCUCUCCCAUGACCUUACAAUCUCGCCUGUUAGUUGGCGUCAGUGGCUGGGCCACAUGUUCUCGUAUCAUGUCUCACUUUCACCCCCUUCACACGCCCAACCGAUUUCUCGUCCCUCCUCGAAUCCUCAAUCGAUCGUUCGGAGAAUCAUUGAGGAGAUCAUGGAAGCACCUCUCUCACACCCCAGUUCAGAGCCCGUCUUCCUUAGCUUCGAGCAGAGGAGUAAGGAGAAGCUCAACGGGCCAGAGACACGUGUCGAAGCGUCCCACGAAGCCUAUGACAUUGAUCUCGAUGAGGAUGGGCCACUUCGGGAAGAGUAUUUACCAAGGCGCCGCGUGAGCAACGGGAGUUCUAUGAGCCGACGCACCGCAGAAUCAGCUUCGAGGGCUGACGGUGAGCGGAGGGAGCUUCGUGAGUCCGUGACCAGCCACAAUGGGACUGCGCUCCCUCCUCCGUCCAAAUGGAGCCCAGCAGCUGAUGAGCCUCUCCGCCGUGUGGGUGAUCGUCCUGCGCUGUACAUGCCAGUUCAACCACCGGCGGUGUGUUGGGCCUCUGCCAUCGCUUAUGUGCCUGCCAAGCCGCCCCCGGAUUAUUCUAGUGCCUCAUAUUCCAAACCAGCUCCUUCGAACGAUUACUAUUACCCGCAAUCUGUUAUCGUUCAACCGCCCUCGCAGCCGUAUUGUACCGCUGAUGCAUUUUCCGCGCCUAAUUCGUCUUACCACGUCGGCUUUGACUACCCGUGCGGCCAUGUCCGUAUGUCAUUCGAUGGGACAGGUUACGCCUCUCAGCCGAGGGCACAUUGGUCGUCUGCUGAACCAUAUGGAUUCGCUGCCCCUAGAGUCCUCUUUGGUCCUCAUCCACCUAUCAAUUACCAGCCGUCCUGGAUUCGUGCUUGAAGAUGUGUUUAUGAACCAGAUGCUCUCGCGCAUCAUAGAUAUCAAUUUCUUCUGUUUCCGAGCUUUCAACACUACUGCAAUCGACUCUGCCGGCACCGCCUACGUGCUGCGCCAUAAUUUCGCUCUCUAUGUCUAUCCUUUCGCGGUUGUCAAUACUGGAUCCUUUUCUCUUUGUCACUGGCACUGUCCUAUACAAACACGGUCCCCACGCUUUCAAGACAUAUCCAUCCUGUCUCGGGGACAAAUCGCCUGUUCAAUCUUGAUCUUCAUCAUUUCGAUCGCGUAUAUUCUUAUUUAUGCGCAUCUGCACUCGCUCUUCUCACUGACUGAAGUUGGUUAGAAGACCGACGAUAUCCUCGGACUAUCUCUGCCAUACCGCGUUCAUCGAUUGAACAUUCGCGACCUUCAGUUCACUGUUUCAUUGAUGUAUCCACUUAUCAUUCUGGUAUCCUCAUGCUCCCCAACUAAUAAUAACCUUUCACGACUUUAUUUUU